AUGGAGCAAGAUGAACAAGGAUCAAAUUUUGUGGUGAAUGAUGAUCCCCUGGGUGACUUCCAUAUUAGUGGCCUUCCAGAAUAUCUUUUAGGUUCUUGGAAUAAUGCAAGAAAAAUUUUAAAAUUGGGUGGUGUAAGUAAUCACCCAACUGAUGAUCAGAAAUUUGUUGUAAUUUCACUGUCUCAGCCCAUAGUUCAUACUGUUCAUGUCCAGCCAAAUGGCAAAGUAAUAUGUGAUAGAGAAUGUUUUCGUUUUAAGGGGCACAAAAUAUGUGCACACACCAUAUCCGUCUCCAAAAAGCAGAAUAUUUUAGAUGCUUUUCUUAGUCAUCAUAUUUCCAAUGUUGACAGGGUUGUCCAGUGUGUAAUGCCUAGUAGUUCAGGGAAAAAACCUGGACAAACAAGUAGAAAAAGAAAAAAGAGUCAUAAAAGGGAUACAACCGGGUGGGAUGACAUACCACUAGAAACUCCGACAGCUAAAUCUAAUGAAUAUGAAGUUGUGUUUGUACGAUGCACUAGAGCAACCACAUGCUAUGGUUGCGGCGGGAAGGUCAGGCAGAAACCAUCAAGUGACCCACCACCUCCCCCUUACGAUAUUUUCUUGUGCCAGCAUGAAAGAAGGGUUUACAAAAAAAGGGGUAACCCUGUUCAAGUAAACAUUUCAAAACAAGGAGAGGCUGUGUAUUACCAUCCUCUACAAAAAUGUUUAAAACAGAAAUUUGGCGUUGGAAGCCCAGAUAACAUUAGGUUAUGUGAGCAG